AUGUCCGAGGGGACCUACCAGCGCAUCUGGGACUCGGCCCACGCCAGCCUGCAGGGGGCGCUGGAGCAGGAGCAGCCCCUGCUGCAGCCCGUGCCCGAGGGCCAGCGCCAGGCCCUGCUGCACCGGCUCUCGUCGCUCUACCUGGUGUACCUGGGGCUGCUGCGCCGCUUCGACACGCUCUACGACCAGAUGCUGCACCCGCAGAAGCGGCGGCUGCUGCGGCGGCUGCUGGACGGCGUGGCCGGCCGCGUGCUGGAGCUCAAGGACGAGAUGGUGCGCGUGGACCUGAGCGAGACGCACUGCCUGGACCGGGAGCUGCAGGAGCAGGGGCUCACCCCGGCAGACCUGGAGGUUCCCAUCCCCAAAUACUUCCUCCGGGAGCAGCCGAAGGCGGCGAAGGAGCGGGCCAGCUUGCUGGCAGAGAUCCUGGCCAUGUCGAGGCCCUCGGGGCUCGUGGAGAGCGACAUCAUCAUAAGUCGGACAGAGGCCAUAAUCAUAAUCCAAAUGACCGAGCGAGCCAGGCAAGGCCAACUUCGAGCGACCUUCAUGCGGGAGCUCCAGGAAGAGGCGGAGCGGGAGCGCAAGGUGCAGAAGGGGCCCAAACUCACUCUGGAGGCUGCAGCCAUCAAGAUACAGAAGGUCUGGAAGGGGUACCUGAAGAGGAAGGAGAUCCUUCUGGACAAGCAGGCGGAGAUGGAGCUCAUCGGCAUGACCCACCCAACCGCCCAGAAAGUCCUGACCCAAAACCUGGGCAUCAUGAGCAAGGCCCGGAAGCGGAAGAGCCUCCGGAGGAGCCGGCAGGCCGAGAAGGAGGAGGAGCUCCACCGGGCCCAGGCCAAGGCCUACGAGAGCCUCCGGAAGAUCGAGGGGCCCGAGAUCAAGGAGAAGCUGAGCCUGCAGAUCCGACAGUGGUUUAUCGAGUGCCAUGCCCUCACUGGCCAGUUCCCUCAUUAUCCAGACGAGUCCUUGGGCGGAUCCAGCCUGAUCUUUGCGAACAAGACUCCCGAGCAGGUGAAGAAGGAGCUCGAUCUGGCUCAGGACACCAAAAAAAGGGAGCAAAGGAAAAACACGAAAGAGGAAAGAGAGAGAGAGCAGCCGAAGAGAGAGAGGAAGAACAAAGGGGGCACAGAGGACAUGCUGACGGUCCAGCAAUCCAAGUCCAUCCCCACCAUCAACAGCGGCCACCAGGAGUACAUCGAAGUGUGGAAGAACCGCUUGGAGGGCGCGUACCCCAGCCAGACCUUUGACAGCGAGGCGCUGCAGAUGAUGAAGAGGAAGGACUUGGAGUCGGAUAUCCGAGUGCAGGUGGACGAGCUCAUGCGUCAGGAGCUGAAGAGCCUCCAGCUGGCCGUAGACCGGGAGCGAAGACCCUUGAAGCUAGCGAAGAAGAAGACGCCAAAGGCGACAAAGAAGAGGAAGGAGAAAGACCUGACCGCCGACAGGAGUCUGGAGUCGCUGUUUGAAGAGCUCGUCAUCCUGGGAUUCCUCACCCAGAGCCAGACCGUGGCCCUGAAGGAUUACAUUGGUGACUGUAUCUACGUGGGCUCUUCUCUGAGUCUGGCCAACAAGCUGCCCACGCCGUCCCUGUUUGACAUCCGCCAGAACAUGGCUCUGUAUGCAGUGCUCCGGCUCGGCUCCCCGGAUAUCCACGCCUUGGCCCCCCACAUCCGCUCCAUCCUGCUGGUGGGCCCGGCUGGCAUGGGCAAGAAGAUGCUUGUCAGGGCCGUGUGCACGGAAACAGGGGCCAAUCUGUUCGACCUGUCGCCCCAGAACUUCGAGAACAAGUACACGGACAGGGCCGGGGCACAGAUGCUUGUGCACAUGGUCUUCAAGGUGGCCCGGCUCCUCCAGCCCUCGGUGAUCUGGAUCGGCAACGCGGAGAAGAACUUCCAUAAGCGUGUCUCUAAGGAGGAGAAGCAGAUGGACCUGAAGCAGAUCAAGAGGGACCUGACCAAGGCCGUGAGCCUGCUGAGCCCCAGGGACCGCGUGAUGCUCAUCGGGACCACGGAGCAGCCGCAGGCGGCGGAUCUGAAGGGGCUGUGCCGCGUGUACCAGCGCAUUCUGUACCUCCCGCGCCCCGACUACGCGUCCCGCUACGUGCUCUGGAAGCAGAUGGUGGAGGCCAAGGUCCUCCCGAACUUGAGCCUGGACUUCAGCUCCCUGGCCAAGGUGUCCGACGGCUACACCAGCGGCGCCAUCGUCCAGAGCAUCCAGGCAGUGCUGACGGACAGACGUCUCCUGCACAUGAGCCUGCAGCCGCUGGUGGCCUCCGAGUUCAUGGGGCAGCUGGCCAAGAGGGACCCCGUGUACAUUGAGGAGGAGGAGGCCAUGAAGGACUGGUACUUCAAGACCCCCCUGGGCAAACUGAGGCUGAAGAUGCUGGAGGACCUGCAGGCUGCCAAUGAGGAGGCCAGUCAGGGGAAAAAGAGGAGGAAGAAGAAGUGA